GGAGGGGGGGAGGAAACGAAUUAUGUUAUGAAUUACAUAAGUGAACGUUUGUCGAUGCGUAUAUUAUCGCGGAUGCAUACGAACGGAAUUGACAACUUCGAGCGGUCUGAUUGCUUGUGAGAAAAUUAUACAUAGGAGGUUCACCCCUUUUAUCGCCGCAAUUUUUAAGUAAAAAUUACGAAGGAAAAAGAAAGGAAAAUCCUUUCGAGAACAUGAACAAGAAGGCGCUCGUUCUGCUGACAAUUCUUCAACUUAUUCACGCCGACCGGCGUUCCACCCUCCCCCACCCCUCGGACUGUUCAAACUGGGAGGACGAGAAAAUCGAUUGCGCCGAUCAGAGCCACGAGGCCUGCCUGGCGAGGAUCGAUCGAUCGAGGAACGAAUGCGCGAUAAACGUUGGAUCGCCCAAUGGGCAAUGCUGCGCGGCAGGGAACAAGGGGAUCGAGACGAUUAAUUUGGGAUCGAAUUACGAGAGGAGAAGCGAGUUUCCUCUUCGAACCGAGUUGAUGAGCGACGUGCUGCGCUUCACCCCAAAUUUCACGUUCGUUCAAACCGUUGAAUGCCGGGAGCAGGUUAACGUUUUCCUACGCGAAUUGAGCAAUUACAAAUUAUGGGCCAUGGAAAUGUUGGACUCGAACGCGAAACUGCCAUCCAGUUUACUGCAAGGGAAUCUGAAUCAAUUUGGGGAUUUCGAUCAAUGCUUGAACGUGAUGGCGCACGAGAUGUCGAGCGGAAGGGAGAUAAAGAUACAGGGGAGGUACUUUUUGACGAAUAUAGACAUCGACGCGACCCAUCCAAUUACGGAAAAUCUGGUUUCCACCAUGAAGGCGUAUAACUUGUUCACGUCGCGUUUGCACGAAGAACGUGGACACUUUUUCCCAAAAUUUCCCGUGAUAAGGUGGGCGUUGUGCCUCCCGUCCGUUUGCUCCAACGAGGACGCGAGAAGCGUAAUUCAACACACGCUGAACAGUUAUAAUUCAACCGUGGGGAUUAAAUUUAUGGUUCGCGUCGAUCCUAACAUGAGCUACGUGAAGUCAUCAUCGAGUUACGCGAAAGAGACAAUCUACGUUUUAUGUUUCUUUGCAAUUGUCGCAUGUCUCGUUGCAGCAACAACGAUGAGAGAUUACUUGAUGACGCGUGAGAGGGAGAAAGAGAACAGUUUGGAGAGGAUAGCGAUGGGAUUCUCGUUACGAAGGACCGCGAAAUCUUUGUUCAAAAAGGAAACAGGUCCCAACGAUAUCACGUGCAUACACGGGAUGAAAUCCAUUCUGGCCAUACUUAUAUAUUACGGGCACAAUAUCAUGAUAACGUCCGUAAUGCCGUAUAUGAAUCGAAUCUAUUACGUGAACAUGGCGUGCAAUCCCUUGACGAUCACCCUUAGAAUAGCGACUAUGUACACGGACUCGUUCUUAUUGUUCAGCGGCACGUUAACAUCUUUUAACAUGAUGCACGAGUUGACCGUGACAGGUGAAAUUCGAUGGUUCAGGCGGCUUGUUUCCAGAUACGUAAGGCUUACCCCGAUGUUGUUGGUAGUCGUGCUUUAUUACGCGUACGUGAUGGAGCACAGUGGGUCGGGCCCAGAGUGGAACAUCAUCGUGAAAAACGCUGAUCUUUGUAAAAACACCGGUUGGAUGAAUCUCUUGUACGCGCAAAUCGCCUUACCCUUCGAGGAUCAGUGCGCUUCCCAUACGUAUCAAUUGUCCGUGGACAUGCAGUUGUCACUGUUGGCUCCUGCAUUGAUAUUCGUCUUAAAAUUCUGGUCAAGGCUUGGGAUAUUUUUCGUGUUAUUCAUCGCUUCGUUGUCGACGAUAUUUCGUUACACGAUACUGCUGAAGAACAACGUUACCAUAAUCUUUCAUCACGGGUUCUCAAUGGAGGAAUUUUAUACUAUGAGCAAUCUGAUGUACAUCAUUCCGUUUUACAGAAUCACGCCGUACAUAUUCGGCGUGGUUCUUAGCGUCCUGUUGUACCGCGUUGGAAAAAACGUUAAGAUUCCCAAGAUCGUGGUGAAUCUAGGAUGGUCGAUCUCGACGAUGAUUAUAAUAUGGUUGUUGUGCUCGCAAUACAAUAUCACGAGGAAGUAUUACGUGUUCGACAUAAUAUCGCUGACCAAUUUCGUCGUGAUCGGUCAAAUCUUGUGGACGUUGGCCCAGUGUUGGGUGAUAUUCGCUUGCUACACGAAUAACGGAGGCGUAAUAAACAAAUUCCUUUCUCAUCAUUGGUUCGUUGUCUUCAGCAAGAUAUCGUACUCGUUCUAUUUAAUCCAAUUCUUAUUUUUUUUCUACGAGGUUGGCACCACCAGAUAUCCGGAAGUUUUUUACCUAUUUAAAUUAGUUAAUUGUAUGCAAGUAAUUUUGGUUACGUUCUCGUCGAUCGUUCUUACUUUGAUCUUCGAUAUACCUAUGCAGGAGAUUAAAAACUACAUAAUGAAAAGAUGAAUAACGAUCUUUAAAGAUGGUCUAUGAUGAUGAUGAUGUGCACAUAAACUCAAAAUGGAUUAAUAAUGGCCAAAGUUCUGUAUAUAUUCUAUUUUCGUUCUUAUCUUUAUUGGCAGUUUCUUCGCUUUUUUUUUUUUUUUUUUUUUACAGUGUCCUUUAAAAAGAUCUAGGAUCGUAAUAUUUGUAUCAAGAUCAAAAAAUAAAUAUUGCAACAGUCCGUCUAAUAAUUAAAUCUCUUAAAAUUUUCAAAAUUUUUUCAUAAGUGUACAAACCUUUACAGAAAGAUAAAACAGUAUUUUUUUCUAUUAUAACGUAUAUAUGGAAACGAAAAGCAAAGUCAUUUGUACCCAAAAGAGUACUUUCAUUAUAUUAAAAUAAUUUAUCGAUUAACAUUGACAGCAUGAAAUUUCUGUCAUGGUAAAUCAUUAUGAUAUUCGUACUCGUUACAAAACAUAUGUACAUAUGUGAUUCAUCAUGUAUAUAUUUAAAAUUGAAAUAUAAACUGAGGAUAUAUAAAAGGAACACAGAAAUGAAGAAAAUAUAGAUUCCUUCU